AUGUCUUCAGUCAAUCACUUACAUUUCACGUUAAUAGGAAUCAAUUUUUGACUAUGGUGAGUUUUUUGCACAUGCGCUUUAAAAGCCCUGAGAAUUGAAUUAGAGGACGAAGUCUAUUUCGAUAGCAUAUAUAUUUAAGUGAAGCAAAGAGAAAGAAUCACGCUACCUUAAUUGACAAAUUUAAAUCUUUUAAAACUGAUAAAAUGUUUAAUCCCUUAUAAAAUGUUUAAGUUUCUGCUUUAAUGUUCAAUGUGAGAGUAGUUUCUUGAAGUUGAAAUAUGGGAUCUACGAUGUUGGCAUGUAUGAUUCGCUUUUUUUAGCUUGUUUUUGAUCUGGUGUGUUGGCUCUAUUUUUUAAAUUUUAACAAACCUAAAUAUUUUGACUUGUCAAGCUAAAAUUAAAAUGCUAAUUAUGCAGCUGACAACACACUUACUGAUGUAAAAUAAAUAAAAGCAUCAAUCUUUAUAAAGUGAUUAAUUGCGAUAUCAUUAUGAUUUCUAAUAUGUGAUUCGUCAAUAAGGCGAUUGAUAGCUCUAUUGUGCAAUGUUCCAAUAGGUGUACGCUAAAUAUCUCCAGUAUAAUCUUGGCUUCUUAGUAUAAAGAGAUGCCCACUAUGGAGAAGUUGUAUGAGGGAAAAAUAAAAAUUGAAAGAGGGGACUCGCCAAUAAGGAGAUUGAUAACUGUUCAUGUGGCAGUUCUCCAAUAGACUCAAGAUUGAAAAUCUCUACAGAAUCUUGACUUAAUUUAGUUUUUUGAAUAAAGAUGGAGUAUUUAUGGAGAUAUGGCCUAUGGAAAUGGAAAAUAAAAAUUGGAAGAGGGAGUUCUCUGAUAAAGCGAAUUAUUUCUCUUCAUGUAGCAGUACUCCAAUAGGUUCACCAUUAAAAAUCUCCAGUACAAUCUUGACUUUUCUUUGAUUCUUGAAAUUAAGAUGGAGAAGUAGUAUGUGAAAAUAAUAAAAAUUGAAAGAGGGAUCUCGUCGAUAAGGCGAUUGAUAGCUCUUUAUGUGGCAGUACUCCAGUAGGUGUAUCAUUAAAAAUCUUCAACAGAAUCUUGACUUAUUUUUAUUUUUUGGAGUAAGUUCAAUAUAUAAAAAAUGCUUAAAGAAUAAAAUUUAUCAAUAAAAUCAAAUAAAAUAGCCCAAAAUUAUUUUUCUUUGAUUUUAGCUUGACAUGCCAAAAUUAUCAGGUUCGUUAAAAUAUUAAAAAUGGAGCCACCGCACCAAUUCAUAUAUGCUAAAAGCUAAUCAGAUCCUAUUUGAAUUUUAAGGUCAAUGAUUAUAAUCUUCACCUAAAACACUCUAAUGAAAACAAGACAUUGAACAUGAGCAAAGAACUUAGACGCUUUAUAAGAAAAUGCUGCUUAGUUUAUUUAUAUAAAAAAGAUUUUAAUUUAAUAAGCUCUACAAAUAGAAUAAUUUAUUUACCUUGCACUUGGUUUUAGUUAUAGAAACUUAUAUUAUGGAUAUAGAUUUUGCCCUCUUAUUAUUUCAAAGCAAAUGCGCAAAAAACGCUAUAUAAAACAGCAUGCUCAAAUUUUUUUAUUUUUUCUUUCCGUGAAAUUAUUUAUCAUUGUUUAUAGAUAUAAAAACUUAUACCUUAUAUUUAUUUUUAUUAUAUUUAAUAAUUUUUGAAAUUAGGAAGUUAGUUAUCCCAGAUAAAAUCUUUGUAGAUAUUCCUAGAGACUCGGAAAAAGCUAAUUCUGCUGCCAAAAACCCUCCAGACAGCGGAUUUGUAUGACCUACACUGCACCCUCACUCGAAAUCCUUAUUAUCUUCUGAUAAAGCAGCUUCAAACUCUUUCAAGUACAGUUAUCAAGCUAGCAAUCCUGCUAUAUAUAACAAUGAAGAUGAAAUUGCAUGGCCUAAGCUAGAGCUGCAAUCAUCCUCCGUUUCAGUUCCAGCUGAUUCACCACAAGUUGAUCCUACAAUUUUGAAGCCUAUCCAAAAUCAUCUUGAAGCUGAAACUGAAUGACAAUCAAUUCAAAGUCAUUCCCACUCAUCGAAAAACUCCCAGUGCUCUAAUUUAGAUAAAAAAGAGAACUCUGAAGACAAAAACUUGAAUAAUAAGCCUGCAGAAACUGCAAAGCUUGGAAUUCCUGAUAAAACUUUUCCAUUUGUGGUAAAUUCACAUAAAAAGAAGGAAAAUGUCCAAUAUAAUUUUCAAAGUUAUAAAAAAGAAGAAAAAGUAAGCCAAGAUAACUAUGUGAACCAAUAUAGGCUCAAUCCACAUGCCCAAAAUUUUCAAAUCCAAACAGAAAAAAGUGCGAAAUCAUGGGGAGUUUCCAAUAAAAACGUGCAAAAAAGCCAAGAUGCUACUAACUUGCCCCUUUAAAUUGGAACUAUUUUUUAUUUCAAUAAUAAAAUUUUAUAGGUGAAAAUACUAAUUUUCAUAAAAUUCGUUUUGACCUAAUUGAAUACAAAAGUAUAUUUAAACAGUUUUUACACUAAAUCAAUCAAUUUUUUGCAUUAAUUCUUCAAGUUCACAAUUUAAAAUGUUUCGUUCAAUUUAUAUUUUUUUAAAAAUUUAUAAAAUUUUUUUAAAUAAAACUCCUUUAAAAUGGAGCAGGAUUUUUGUUCCAAUUAAAGUUAUGGAGUAAAGAACUUGAUGAUUGGGACACGCAAAAAAAGAUAUCGUUUACAGGAAAUUGAUAUUAUGUAGAAAAAAAAUAUCAAAGCAUAGUCAAUAAAGUGCCAAAUGAACCCAAAAAUUCAGGCAGAAGAGAUUCAAAUAACUUUUAUAGCAUCCCAAAUCAAGAACAAAGCACUAUGGAUCACUCUGUUCCUCGACAACUCAAAAUUGAGCCAAAUGAUCCUACUACUCAUUCAUGAAUUUCGCCAAAAAUUGAUUAUACUUGCAAGCCUGAAGAAUUUGACCUUAUAACCUAUAAAACAAUUCCUUGCAAAAUCGGGAGUGCUUGCACAGGUCUUUGUCCAAGAUAUCAUUACCAAGGCGAAAAAAGGAGAUCUCCUUCAGAAUAUAACUACAUUCCAGAGCUAUGCUGCAAAGUAGGAAAUUGCCAGCUAGGCGACAGAUGUAUAAAAGCCCAUAAUAUUAUUGAAAUCUUGUAUCACCCACAAGUGUAUUUGACUUUUGAUUGUCCAUAUCCAAGAUUAUCUAAUGGCUGCUAUCUCGGCCAAUACUGUAAUUUUACUCAUAUUAAUAACCCAGAAAGCCAAAAAAACGUGAUAGAUCAGCAUCGGCUUGCCCUUGAAAAAGUUCAUCAAAAACAUGCUCAGCUGGAAGAAUUUCAUAAAAAACUGGUAGAAAAAGAAGAAGAAAUAAAAUGCUUGGAAAAUUCAAUUCUUUGCAAAUGCAAAGAAAAUCUCAAAAGAGUUAUUAUGAUUCCAUGUGGCCACGCUUUUUGUGAGCUAUGUGCGAAUGAAGUUGCAUGUGCCGAAUGUGGGAAAAUUGGAAAGUCCUAUCCAAUUCAAUAAUAUAGUGUUUUGGCGUUAUUUUUGAUCAGCUCCCAAGAGCCAUAAAUGGGUUUCCACGUGGAAUUUCUGGAUUUUCACGCGCGAAAUCUAUAUUUGGCUCGUGGGAGCCGAUCAGAAAUUCAAGAAAGGGACUA